CAUAAAUUAUCUCAUCUUAUAUCAUCUUACCAUAUUAUAAAGAGAGACCCAACAGUUCACACAAUAUACAAAUAUGCUAUGAUGCUUUGGUGUUGCUAUUCCUAUCUGUACUCUUCAAGAAAAUCUAAUACAGUAAGUACUCUGGGAAUUUGGUUAGAUAACUGUUUGUCCUACAAAACUUAGGUUGAACACAAGAAGUAAAAAAUCAAAAUUUGAUUCUAACACUGGCCACCUUUCAAAAUAUAUUCAAAAAAUCAUACUAUCCACACUUUAUCUACACUGGAUUACGGCGUUAAUUUGUAUGCUCAUGCUGUCACUUCCCAUACACCACUGGAUACACUUACUAUGACCUGUAGAAAAACUUAGGUUAGACACCCACUCCCUUUGUUGACUGUUUCAACUACUGUGUGUGUGUGUGUGUGUGUGUGUCUGGAUGUGUGUGUGUGUGUGUGUGUGUGUGUGUGUGUGUGUGUGUGUGUUGACUGCUUUGUUUAUGAAUGAAUAAAGCUUAACUAAACACGUCAGCUGACUGUGACUGACGGAACUACCAGAAGUGUAUUACCCCAGAGAGCCACCAGGGGUCAGUGUUUGUUCAGUACAGUGACUAUUCUAUCCAACAUCUAAACAAAGGCCUAGUCUUACAUGAAUUAUUGGGCAAUAAUAGCCUAUAAUAUAAUCAAUUAUUUGUUAUUAUUGUGACUUUUUUUAUUCAAAGUUUGUUGCCUAUAUAUUGUUGUUACCUUAUGUGUGUGUAUCUUCAAGUACAAAUUCUAUUCUAUUCUAUUCUUUUCUAUUCAUUGACAUUCAUUGUUCAUAAAAAGUGAGCAGAUAGAUAGAUGUAGAUAGAUACUGUAAUGCAGUAGCCUAGUUUGUUCACCUCUUACACAGAGGUGACCUAUGGAGUAAAAAUGCAUCUGGUUAAUACGACCAUGAUAUGUAACAUUAUACUGGAUGACAUCAUCAUUUGUUUCCGCAGCCACCGCCAUUGGAUCCAAUGUUUCGCUUGUGCAUCGUAUGAGUUAGCAGCUGCGCACUCUUGUCAGCAUGGACCGCAUUUAAAGAAUGAGCAACGUCAAGUUGGCCACUAUUAAAUCAAUCACCUCCGUUAAGGACUUUCAAAAUAAAGCCCUGACAUGCAAUACCCUUCACUGUGGACCCAUGUACAACGCUUGCUUUGUGUUGCUUUAUUGCGACAACCACAGCUGACUUCCCAUUUUGUUCUGACUCGUCCUUGGUGGUUUGACACAGCUAAAGAAUGGAGGUGUGUGUGCAAAAAAUGCUAUGUUGAUGCGGAGACUGAGCAGACUCAUAUCCCAGAGAAGAAACGGGGUCAUUGGCGGAAAAAGGAGGACACCUCCAAGUCACAUAGUCAACUAUCGCCCCCCGGUGACUCCCAUGUCUCUCUCCAGGGUGGGUUUAACCCAAAAAAUCCGUCAUCUUACAAUGGGAUGUGGGAGAUCGGCUCAACUCGGAGAAUCCUCUUGCAGCUGUUCAGGGAGCCGAGGAUAGGACCAAGACAUCGGGCCGAGUCAAUGAGGGUUUCUCGUCCGCUUUUGUCCUGCGCUUCUCGGCCGCGGUGUCUGUGCACAGUGCGUAAAUGCGCUCGGAGUAGAGAAGACAGGCCCCCGAGGAGCUCUGUAAAUGUUGAGAUUCAGUCCUGGUCGGACAUCGUGGUAGUGAAUCGAUUUCUUCAUAGUUCCGCUGAGCGGAUGGAGUGAAUUGUGCAAAAGGGGAGAGAGACAGACCACAGCUUGGUUGCGUGUGAUGAUAGGAGACACAAUGACGCUCUUGUCUCUUCUGGGUCGGAUCAUGCGCUAUUUUCUCCUCAGGCCUGAGACAUUGUUUCUGUUGUGCAUCAGUCUGGCGCUGUGGAGUUAUUUCUUCCACACCGACGAGGUGAAAACCAUCGUCAAGUCCAGUCGGGACGCCGUGAAGAUGGUGAAGGGGAAAGUGGCGGAGAUGAUGCAGAAUGACCGGCUGGGAGGCCUCAGUGUCCUGGACGCAGAGUUCUCCAAAACCUGGGAGUUCAAGAACAACAACGUAGCCGUGUACUCCAUACAGGGGAGGAGAGAUCACAUGGAGGACCGCUUCGAGGUACUCACCGACAUCGCCAACAAGACUCAUCCGUCCAUUUUCGGGAUAUUUGACGGUCACGGUGGAGAGGCUGCAGCGGACUAUGUGAAGGCCCACCUGCCCGAGUCCCUGAAGCAGCAGCUGCAGGCCUUUGAGAGAGAGAAGAGAGACAGCGCCCUCUCUUACACCAGCAUCCUCGAGCAGCGCAUCCUGGCUGUGGAUCGUGAGAUGCUGGACAAGCUCUCUGCCAACCAUGAUGAAGCAGGAACCACAUGUCUAAUGGCGCUGCUCUCAGACAGAGAACUCACAGUGGCCAACGUCGGAGACUCUCGCGGUGUGUUGUGUGACAAAGAUGGGAACGCUGUCGCACUGUCACAUGAUCACAAACCAUAUCAGCUCAAAGAACGCAAGAGGAUCAAGAGGGCAGGGGGUUUCAUCAGUUUUAAUGGCUCCUGGAGAGUGCAGGGAAUCCUGGCGAUGUCCCGCUCUCUAGGGGACUACCCGCUGAAAAACCUCAACGUAGUCAUCCCCGACCCUGAUAUCAUGACCUUUGACCUGGACAAACUGCAGCCAGAGUUCAUGAUCCUGGCUUCUGAUGGACUGUGGGACGCCUUCAGCAACGAGGAGGCCGUUCGGUUCGUCCGCGAGCGCUUGGAUGAGCCUCACUUCGGGGCCAAGAGCAUCGUCCUCCAGUCCUUCUACCGCGGCUGUCCCGACAACAUCACCGUAAUGGUGGUGAAGUUCAAAAGUGGAGCUGGGGGGAGCAGCAAGUCAGGGGAGUAGGUCAAGUUUAGAGCUCACAUUGUGAUCAAUGUUUUCUAUGAUUUUCCCCAUCCUCUGGAUGGAGCAACAAGUAUGUUAUCAAUGGAGGACUGAGAGAAUAUGAAGUAUAGACACUGAGGCCUGUACUUCUGAGAAGCAUACACACACACAUACAGACAAACACAUACAUACAAACACAUGUAACAAUGAAGUUUUCUUUUGUUUGUAGGUUUCUGACUUGAGAUAAGGGCAUGUAAACACAAUAUAAACCCAAUAACCAUUUGCCAACUUAAUGAUGAAUACAUUAAAAUACAGAAGUUCUCCAACAGUGGAGAUGCAUAAAUGCAGGACAAGCAGACACCAAACAGGGGUUUUCUCUUAACCAGCACUCUUUAGACUGUGAUUGAUUUACUACUGUUUACUGUACAUGCACAUGAAUGGUACAGCUCCACUGGAGGCUUCUUCAGAGGAGGCUUAAACUAGUGCCUACUCAAGAACUUACUGUGCAACUACAGGAAGCUACAAAAAAUGUAUUUGCAAAGACCACCGUUGCUUGCUGCAUUUUGAUGAUGCUCUUACAUAAUGUAUGUAAUGUAUCACAUUGUUGACCUGAAAAAAAAAAAAAAAAAAAGACUCCAGUGGAUCCAUACCUUUAUCUAACUUGAAGUGACUCUACACCCAAAAUUUAACUUUUAAGUAUCAAAUACUCAUUCCCUGUGGAACUGAGAGGUGGCUGUUAAUCAUUUGUAGUUUCAUCAUCCAGCUGCAUUCAAUAGAGUGGAAAAAGUAUGGCAGGAGUCUGACAUAUCACAGCUCCCUCUACUGCUCUGGGGGUUGAAUUUUGUUUUAAUUUUGAGGUGCCACACUGCUUACAAGUCUUUAAAUUAAAGAUACCUUUUAAGUUAAGGCGAUAAUGAACAAGAGGAUACUUUUAACAACCUCUCAAAGUAAUUUUGCUGUUCCACUUUAAAAAAUAUAAUUAAUAAUUCGUUGUUUAAAGAUGGAAUAAGCAAAGAAUAUUUGUAACUGGAAAAUGUAACGGCCCCUUCACAUGCUCAACAUGAUUCUGCAACCUUCUCAAAGUGUAAUGAGCUACGACAGUUUCUGUGAAUAUUAUCAACUUUUCUUGUUUUUCCCGCUCUGGAGAAUGAUCACUUUUGAAAUGCUUUGUCAUCGUCAUCCAAACUGGCACAGCCACUCUCGUCUUUGAAGGCUGAAGCUGCCGUUUACAGCUACCUUUCAUGAGUGGUACUCAAAAGCAAAAUUUUGGGUGGACCACCACUUAAACAUUCAACACACACAUAUGUACACAAACACACACAGAAUUCUGAAAAAAAAAAAAAAAAAGCACUUUUCAGAUGUUUAUUUUUUGGAAUGGCAAAUUCUUAUUACAUAUCAGCCAAUGUAAACACUGUAUAUCCUCAGUAAUACAAGAGGGUUUUAAUGUAUGUAGAACCUGAUGUAGUUCCUGACCUUCACCUCUUGGUAACGCAAUUUUAUGGAGCUGAUGUUAACUGUUGCAUCAAAAAUGAUUUUACACCAUCUGUAUCAGGGCAUGUGCUUUGGCUUAUCCAUGUUCAUGAACAAAGUUCGUUUGCAUCAAUGGACACUGGUGGCUGCCUUUGACCCGCAAGCACAUAAAACAGGAGGUACAACAGACUUCCACGCCUCUGCUGCCAUGAGAACCUGACUCAGAGAUGACACAUCACAAACUGUACAGCCGCAGCCAGAAUACUAGUAGCUAGAAAUAUGAUAUGCUCUUGAAGCAAUACGACCGGUGUCACCGACAGCUACAACCUGUCAAGGAAAGUUACAGUAAACCAUAGCUACUUGAUUUACUACUGUUUUUAAGUUCAGCUACUUUAUACCACUGUGUACCAUGACCUUUACAUCAGUCGAAAGAAGCCUUUUUUUAUUUAACAGUUUACCUAAUGCCUUAUUUAUUAUUUUUUGUUUGUGUCUGGCAGAUUGCCAAAUCAGUAUUCUGUAUAUUUAGUUUUCUGUCCUUCUGUAUAUGAGCAGAAGUUUACAAUAAAACAAGAAACCCAUCACUUUAAUUUGAGAGGCAGUUCAUGAUUCACACAUGUUGAGCUAAUGCUCGGUGUAAAAAGAAAAAAAAGUGUAAAGACUCUCUGUAUGUAAAUUAUCUGUAUUAAACAAGCUCUUUCAUCUGAAA